AUGGCCGACAGUAACUUUAGUGGCUUCAAUGUUAGCAAUAAGUACCACAUAGGCUCGAUUCUAGGCAGUGGCGCAUAUGGCAUUGUUCGAUCUGCUGUUCACAGACCUUCAGGUCAAAAGGUCGCCAUCAAGAGAAUAGAACUACCCAAUAUCCCAAUAUUUUGCUUGAGAGCUCUUCGUGAGAUAAAACUCUUAAGACGCAUCAGUCACGAGAACAUUAUAUCCAUUUUGGAUAUCGAGAGGCCUUAUUGUUAUAGCGAAUUAACUGAAAUAUAUAUAGUCCAGGAAAUAAUGGACACAGAUUUACAUAAAGCUAUCAAGUCUCAGCUUCUUACUGAUGAUCAUGGCCAAUUUCUGAUAUAUCAGUCAUUGUGUGCUUUGAAAGCAUUGCACUCUCUCAAUAUCAUCCACCGGGAUCUUAAGCCCAGUAACAUCCUGCUAAGCGAGGAUUGCGACUUAAAAAUAUGUGAUUUUGGACUUUCUCGGAGUACCAAGUCUAGUCACCAAUCCCAAGGCUUCAUGACCGAAUAUGUUGUAACUCGGUGGUAUCGAGCGCCAGAGCUCAUGUGGAGUCCCGGAACAUACACUAAUGCAAUCGAUAUCUGGUCGCUUGGGUGUAUCUUUGCUGAGAUCCUCAGGGGCAGGCCUAUCUUCCCCGGCAAGCAUUGUAAGAGAACUAUGUCUUCAUGA